AUGAUCACGUGUUCCACCGUGAAGUUAUUUCUGUACGUGAUUCGUUCCUUUUGCCCAUCUAUCAAAGAAAUCACAGUUUCUAGAUCAUUCUCUUCAUAUAUCUAUCUAUCUAUCUGUCUUUUUCAUUCUAUCCAUAUCUAUCUAUCUAUCUAUCUAUCUAUCUAUCUAUCUAUCUAUCUCAUUCAGUUCAUAUCUAUCGACCUCAUUCAGUUCAUAUCUAUCUAUCUAUCUAUCUAUCUUUUUCAUUCUAUCCAUAUCUAUCUAUCUAUCUAUCUAUCUAUCUAUCUAUCUCAUUCAGUUCAUAACUAUCUACCUCAUUCAGUUUAUAUCUAUCUUCUAUCUAUCUAUCUAUCUAUCUUUUUCAUUCUAUCCAUAUCUAUCCAUCUAUCUAUCUAUCUAUCUAUCUAUCUCUAUCUAUCAUUCAGUUCAUAUCUAUCGACCUCAUUCAGUUCAUAUUCAUCUAUCUAUCUAUCUAUCUUUUCAUUCUAUCCAUAUCUAUCUAUCUAUCUAUCUAUCUAUCUAUCUCAUUCAGUUCAUAACUAUCUACCUCAUUCAGUUUAUAUCUAUCUAUCUAUCUAUCUUUUUCAUUCUAUCCAUAUCUAUCUAUCUAUCUAUCUCAUUCAGUUCAUAUCUAUCGACCUCAUUCAGUUCAUAUCUAUCUAUCUAUCUAUCUAUCUAUCUAUCUAUCUAUCUAUCUUUUUCAUUUCCAUAUCAAUCUAUCUACCUCAUUAUCUAUCUAUUCCUAUUCAGUUCAUAACUAUCUACCUAUUCAGUUUAUUCUAUCUAUCUAUCUUUUUCAUUCUAUCCAUAUCUAUCUAUCUAUCUAUCUAUCUAUCUAUCUAUCUAUCUCAUUCAGUUCAUAUCUAUCUACCUCAUUCAAUUCAUAUCUAUCUAUCUAUCUAUCUAUCUAUCUAUCUAUCUAUCUAUCUAUCUAUCUAUCUUUUUCAUUCUUUCCAUAUCUAUCUAUCUAUCUAUCUAUCUAUCUAUCUCAUUCAGUUCAUAUCUAUCUACCUCAUUCAAUUCAUAUCUAUCUAUCUAUCUAUCUAUCUAUCUAUCUAUCUAUCUAUCUCAUUCAGUUCAUAUCUAUCUACCUCAUUCAAUUCAUAUCUAUCUAUCUAUCUAUCUAUCUAUCUAUCUAUCUAUCUAUCUUUUUCAUUCUAUCCAUAUCUAUCUAUCUAUCUAUCUAUCUCAUUCAGUUCAUAUCUAUCUACCUCAUUCAAUUCAUAUCUAUCUAUCUAUCUAUCUAUCUAUCUAUCUAUCUAUCUCAUUCAGUUCAUAUCUAUGUACCUCAUUCAAUUCAUAUCUCAUCUAUCUAUCUAUCUAUCUAUCUUUUUCAUUCUAUCCAUAUCAUCUAUCUAUCUAUCUAUCUAUCUAUCUAUCUAUCUAUCUAUCUCAUUCAGUUCAUAUCUAUCUACCUCAUUCAAUUCAUAUCUAUCUAUCUAUCUAUCUAUCUCAUUCAGUUCAUAUCUAUCUACCUCAUUCAAUUCAUAUCUAUCUAUCUAUCUAUCUAUCUAUCUUUUUCAUUCUAUCCAUAUCUAUCUAUCUAUCUAUCUAUCUAUCUAUCUAUCUAUCUAUCUAUCUAUUCAAUCAUAUCUAUCAAUCUAUCAUCUUCAUCUAUCUAUUCAGUUCAUAUCUAUUUAUCUAUCUCAUUCUGUUCAUAUCUAUAAAUAA